CGUUUCCGGUCUGGCGAAUCUGGUCGGAGUUCGCCAGGUGAAUCGGGAGUCCGCCGGGCGACGAGCAUCUCCACGUUUGGAUCGCUGUCAACGUUGCUUUGAGACGCUGUGGGGAAGAGCUGCACUGAAAGAAGAGCAAAGACCUCUUAAAAGUCAUUUGGAAAUAGCUCUGAAUAUUUGUAACUGUAUAAGCAGCUAAAGAGAAAUAGACCUUCAGCAGAACUAACAGAAUAAUUAAUUGAGGCAGGUUUACAUGUGUGUCAUCAGUUCUCUCCAGAAGUUGAAGAAGCUUCCUUAGAGUUUAACGGUUGUGUGCAUUUUAUGAGAGAAUGACUUUUCAAUUUAAUUUCACUAUAGAAGACCAUCUGGAAGAUGAAUUAACAUCUCUUGGAGAUGGAGCUUUGGCCCUACAUUCCUCACAAGAGUCUUCAGUCUCAGAAAGACAAAAAGGUAAUACACACAGAGACAAAAAAUGUUCCACAGAACAAUCUGACUUGCAGGACCAUUUGUGGGAACAUAAGUCAGAGAGAAAGGAGGCUCCCUCUCAAGACCCAGACAGCUCAUUCGGUGCAGCUAACAGUUCCAGUAACUUGGAACCACACGAGGAAAAGCCCUGCUUGAGAGUUGCCAAAGAGCAUGCUAAGCCUAAAGAUUUAAAGAAAGUGUUAGAAAAUAAAGUCACAGAAACAUUACCAGGUCUCCAACACGUUAACAUAUCAAUAAUGAAAACCACCUUGUUGAAAGAGAACUUCCCUGGAGAAAACAUCAUUUCAAAAAGCUUUUCUUCUCACUCUGACCUGAUUUCAGGUGUUUAUGAAGGAGGCUUGAAAAUCUGGGAGUGUACCUUUGACCUCCUGGCAUAUCUGACAAAGGCCAAAGUGAAAUUUGCUGGGAAAAAAGUGUUGGAUCUUGGUUGUGGAUCAGGGUUGCUGGGUAUAAUGGCACUCAAGGGAGGUGCCAAAGAAAUUCAUUUUCAAGAUUAUAACAGUGUGGUGAUUGAUGAAGUAACCUUACCUAAUGUAGUGGCCAACUCCACUUUGGAAGAUGAAGAAAAUGAUGUAAAUAAACCAGAUGUGAAAAGACUGAGGAGAUCAACAGUAGCACAAGAGCUAUGUAAAUGCCGCUUCUUUUCAGGGGAGUGGUCUGAGUUUUGUAAGCUUGUACAGAGCAGUGAAAAACUCUUUAAAAAAUAUGAUCUCAUUCUUACCUCAGAAACUAUUUACAAUCCAGAUUAUUAUGGUCCUUUGCACCAAACAUUCCUUAGAUUGUUAGAUAAAAAUGGACGGGUGCUUUUGGCCAGCAAAGUACAUUAUUUUGGUGUGGGUGGAGGUACUCAUCUCUUUCAGAAGUUUGUAGAAGAAAGGAAUGUAUUUGAGGCUAGAACACUUGAAAUAAUUGAUGAAGGACUAAAGAGGUGCCUAAUUGAAAUGACUUUUAAGUACCCCAGUUAAUGUCCACUGAGUGUCCUAAGUGAAAUAAACAGAAUAACCAAAACCUUAAUUUGAAUUA